AGAAUUACCUAUGUGCAAGGUUAUACCCACCAUCUUUAAUGCCAAUAGCUUUUGCUAUACAAGCAUUUAAUGUGGAAACAGCUCAGAUUGGAGACAUACAUUUUGCAUCUGAUAUUAAAACAGGUCUGAUAAGAAUGCAGUUUUGGAAGGAUAGCAUUGAAAAGAUAUAUGAGGGUUCUCCACCUCACACACCUACAGCUUUAGCCUUAUCACAGUGUAUAAGAAAGAAGAAACUUUCCAAAGAUUUGUUUUUUAAAAUAAUUGAUGCAAGAUAUUCAAAAUUAAAUGCAGACUUUUACAAGAGCAUACAAGACAUAGAAGAUUAUUCUGAAGACACAAAGUCAUCUAUACUGUAUUUAUUUUUAGAAUCUGAAGGUAUAACAGACAAGCAGGUUCAUCAUGUAGCUAGUCACAUUGGUAAAUCACAGGGUAUGGUCACAUUACUGAGGGGAUUACCAUAUAAUUCUAGUAAAGGUAGAAUCUACCUGCCAAGAGAAUCUCUGUUAAAGUUCAAAAUCUCAGGAGAAGAUGUAAUGAGAGGAAGAAAACAAAAAGAAAUCUGUGAUAUUGUAUUUGAAGUAGCUAGUGUUGCCAAGCAGCAUUUAGAAACGGCAAGGUCUAUGAAGAAGGAAGUACCAUCAGCUGUUCUUCCUUUGUUCUUGAAUUCUGUUAUCUGUGAUAAAUAUUUAACACAGCUACAAAAAGUUGACUUUAAUGUAUUCCAUCCAUCACUACAAAAGAAAAAUGGAUUACUGCCAUUGCAAUUAUUAAUACAAAAGAUCAGAAGAAAAUACUAAUAAAUAAACUUGUUUUUCGUUCUUUAUUUUGUACAUAUAUUAGGCUUUUAGUCUUUGUGUUUGAAUUGUUUUACAUUUGUUAUUUUAUAGGGCCUAUUAAAGCUGACUAUGUGGUAUGAGCUUUGCUCAUAGUUGAAGGACAUAUGGUGACAUAUAGUUGUUAA